AUGAUUGAAAAAACAACAAUAACAAUGAAUUGCAGCAAAGUUAUUUUCUACAUUGUUUUAGUUAUAUGUAUUAUCCAAGUUGAACUUUCGUUUCAAUCAAGGGAUAUAAAUAGUGAUAUGCUCAAAAAAUUAGUACUUGCAGCAUCAAAAAGUGAUGAUUGUUCACGUCGUGUAGCAGUUCAGGAGCCAAUACCAUUACGUUUUCGUCGUGCUCCUAUAAGGGAUAAAUUUCCAUGUGUUAUUAAAGUAAAAUGA